AUGUCUUCUUGGCUACCGUCUUUUUUGCACAAAAAAGAAACUAAAUUCCCAUUGCCAAAACUCCCGGAUCGUCCCAUGAAGAAUGUGUUGCAACUCAUGGAGGAUAUGGAGAUAAUAAAACUCUCCACACUUUCAAAGAAAAUGAGCAAGUCUGUCGGAAAAUGUGAUUUUAAACCACUCUCUUAUCAAGUGGACGUCCUUGACAGGGAUCCAGAUGUAUUUACUUUUUUUAAUGAACGCUGGAUUUCUAAUGUUGGACUGGAAUCAAGACAAUUGGCAAUUCCCGACUCCGCUCACAUAAUUCAGUUGAUUCAAACCGCUUUCCCUGACAGUCAAUUCCUUAUCACUAUGGUUAUUUCUAAGACGGAUUCAUUGAACUUUAAGAUUCGAGAAAUUUUAUUGACUGAUGAAGUUAAGAAAUAUUGUACCAAGAUUAUUGUACAUGGAGGAGCGUUGACAGUGAAUGAAUUGGAUUUGUUCAUUAAUUUGAGAGGAUUAAAGCGGGAACUCGUUUUCGAUGGGACUGAUUUCCCGUUGGAGUAUAAUCAUUUUAAUGCAUUCACCGGCACCAAUGUCAUCUAUGAAGACGCACGUUGGAUCAAAAUUUCGGAUUUAUGCGGUCUUGAAAGCAGCACUGAAAAUUUAAACCUCGGAAGAAACCUAUUCUAUUCAAAACACUAUAACGAGCUGUUCAAAUUCCAUGUCAACGGUAAUCGUGAUAUUUGCACCCAUAUUCAAAUUGAUUGUGUAGAAUCGGCGUUAAACUUCGAGAAAAUGUUUGAAGGAAUUGCGACAUUGAAAGUUGAGAAAGCUGGGAAAACUGACGUAACAAUGAUACACACCAACAACAUCACCCGGAAACGUCCAGUGAUGGGAAUAAGUUUCAAGAAUACUUCCAAGAAAACCCAAAUCUGUAUCCAAACAUAUUCGAUCAAUACCGAAAGCAAUGAACUGCAGACAAAAUGCUAUAACAUUCUGCAGAAACUCAACAAGAAAACUGAUCUGGAAGUUGAAUUGAAGCAAAUCGAAACUAUUGAAUACGCGUUGAGAGGUCAGGAAGAGGUUUUGAAACCGAUUCAAGCUAAAAAGACAAGAAUCACUAAGGAGUUGACGAAUGUAAGAGAGGAGUUGUGGGAAAAUGCAGUUUAUUCUGUUGAUGGUAAUGCUAGAAUUAGUCCACUUGAUUAG